UUCUGAUCCGAAGAUUUCGAAGGAGACAGUAUUCACCAUCAUCUUCGUUCGAAAAGAGGCGGAGCGGCGGCGACCCCUCCCUUCGUCUCCGGGCAGCAGCGGCGGCAACCUUGUCCAGCUCCGGCGUAUCAUCUCCCCACCUCCGAUCUGUCUUUCUCUCUCACUCUCUUUCUUUCUAUUUUCUUCUUCUUCCUCUUCAUUUUCUCCUUCUUCUAAUCUGGUUUUUUACGAAGAAGGCUUAAUUCAACGCCGACUGUUCAUCGUCUUCCCCGAUUGAACAGCGGCGAACAUUUUUUCCCCCUCUCUCAGUAGUCACUCUCUCUCUCUCUCUCUCUCUUUGACAUUUUCUUUCUUCAUUCUUGCCUUUCCUUCAUUUCCGCCACUACCACCUCAGUCUCCAGCUCCUCCUUUUCGUUAGAACCCCAACCGCAUCCCCUGCUUUCUUUUUCUUUCUGUCAUGGUCGCCGGUCGAACAGAAUCGUCAAAUAGCAUUGGCAGCUCAAAUGUUUCGGCAUUCCUUUGUUUUGAACGUGAUAUGCAUCCGAAAUAGCGUCGUCCUUUGCUAAUCUCUCAGUUGCAGUCCUCUAUCACCACUUCUGCCAUUUAUGAAAUUAAGCAGCCUAGGAAGAACUAACUGAAAUCCCUCUGUUGCAGCGUCCGGUUUCAGGCCGAAAUCCUCAGCCAGGUUUUUCUUCUCCUUUCUCCUUCAUUUUCAAGCUACAACACUCCAUUUAAAGCCCUCUCUGCUGCAUUUUGAUGAAGGGUGCCGCUUUCCGCCACUUCAUCAUCCUUAAUAGGAAUUUGAAGACGACUUAGUCGAAUCACUCAGAUUCACAUCUAAACAGAGAAGAGAGGGGGCCUACUGUUGAUUUGGAAGGCUGCUAUUGCUGAUAUGUCAAUGGGGAGUGAUACGACUUGGGUUGGAAAGAAACCUCUUAGGCGCCUAGGAGGGAUGUCUGAUGCAUUGUCUCUUGCAGCUGAUCUUGGUUUUUCAGUUUCUCCUCCUUCCCAAGAAGAUCUGCAAAGCUUGUCUGCCAAUACUGGUGACAAGAGUGAUGAUUUGAUAAAGGUCUUGAGAGAGUUAACCACCGUACAAAGAAAAAUAGCAGAUUUGCAAGUGGAGCUCCAAGGUCGAAAGGACGACAAGAAUAUUGCACAUCUAACGCAUGUGAGUGAAAUGGAAAAGAAGUGCGAAUCACUGGCAAGGACUACUGCUAUAUUGAAGGAUGUUAUUCAGAAUAAAGAUCGCAUCAUUGCUCGACUUCAACAACCAUAUUCACUAGAUUGCAUUCCAGUGGAAGCAGAAUAUCAGAAACAAUUUUCAGAACUGUUGCUUAAGGCUGCAAGUGAUUAUGGGGCCUUGACAGCAUCUGUCACAGAUUUUCAGUGGAGCCAGAACUUCAGGGAGCCACCAUCUAUAUGGGGGGAAAUGCUCCGACCAAUUCCUGUUGCUCUAGCGUCAUGUACCCGAUUCUUUGAAGCCAUGUCUGCUAUGAGGGAAACAUUUGCAACACUGCAAAAUUUGCGAGUGGGUAAUUCUUCUUCCCUAUUGCCUUCUACACCCAGCAGGGAUAUUUCUCAAGGAGUAGGAGACUCUGACUGUGUGACUCCACCUCCUUGGAGAGAGGAACCAAGCUUUGAUGACUUGGUUAUUAAUAGCCGGAGGAGACAAGAGUUGGAGAGACAAGAAGCAGAAUACGAGAGUAGUGAGGUGGGUUAUUCUCAUCACCCGGACGGCUUGAGCCAGAGGAGGUUGUCUUGGCCUCCAUCAGUCAAGAAGAGUGGUGUGUAAAGUGUAAUUAAUUAGGUAAGUACAAUUUCUAUUGGUUGUAUAGUUUCAUGAUUGGUUCGAUAAAACCAGACUCACUGCACGCACUAUUGCAUGGUUUCUGUAACUUCAUAUGCUGCUAAUUCGAAACUGCUGGCUUUCAUUUCAGCCUUGAA